UCCUACCAACAACAAACUCCUUUACCUGACACAACCAUGGCUGAAUUAAAUCGACAAUUACAGGAAUAUUUAGCUCAGUCUAAAAGCGGUGCCAAGACGAUAUCGCAGUCCAGCUCCAGCACAACAAUAAAUAUAGAAGAACCCACCGUUGUUCCAGGGAGCUGGUUUGGUACAUGGUCAAGUCCGUUCUCUGGAAGUUCUAACGCUACAGGCCAGGGAUCGAGCAGCGGCUUUUCCUGGCCAUGGUCUUCCGAGCCUGAUCCAUGUUUGCCCGGCAUCAGUCGAUCACAGCGUCUUAUCGCUUUCGGUACUUGUAUUUUGCUCUCAGGCAUAUGCUUUGGACUUUCGGCACUCUAUGCUCCAUUGCUCCUGCUGAAAGCACGAAAGUUCGCUCUGCUGUGGUCCCUUGGAUCGUUGUUCGCGCUGCUUGGGGCGGCGAUUCUUCGAGGUCCUAGCAAACUCAUAGCCAGCCCGACACCUGGUGCUGUUGUGUACUUGUGCUCCCUUGGGGGUACCCUCUACGCUGCUCUGAACCUCCACAGCACGUUACUUACCGCUCUUGGAGCAUUUCUACAAAUAGCCGCUAUUGUGGGAUACGUUGUAGCGUUGUUGCCAGGAGGGAGCGCGGGCAUGCGAUUUGUUGGUGGUAUGGCCGCAUCGGCAAUCAAGAGAACCGUGACAGGCAAGACUAUGCCGAUUUGACUGACAAUGAUUAUGCACUGACUGAUGAUUAUCCGGUGUGAAAAUCAGUGGUUUUUAAUCCUAUACGCAGUUACCAGUAACAAAUAUUGUACUGUAAAUAUGGGAAAUGCUGUACGUUGACAAAUGUAACUAAGUGGGAUGAUUGCCACACUAAUGUUAAUUCCGGCAGAAUGGCAAUUAAUUCAUAUUUUUCCACUGUAACGAAAUGAAAAGGACCAAGGUCAAAUAGUGUUGAUAAACUAGAAAACUGCAGAUCAUAUCUAACAUUUUUAUCUUUGUAAAUAAAGAUGUGCCAGACUCAUCUUGACAUGCUACUGAAUAGGGGCUACAUGAAUCUUGGAAUUCACUAUACAUCUAUGUAAAUCAACAAUCAAUGGUAUUUUAGUAAUUCUAAAUUUCUAUUUUCUGGCUUGAGUUUCAUGAGGAAAAAUUAUGAAUUACCGCAGUUUUGAAUUUACACACAAAAGGUUUAGGCUCCUGUAACUAUAAGAAAGCAAGUAGCUAUGCCAUUUCUUUGUUUUGGUGAAGGAACAUUAAACUAACAUGUAAGCUGA